UAUAAAUAUGAAAUAUAUCUGUCAAAAAUGUUCAAGGAACUUUUAAUAGUUUGGAAUACAGUUGUGUUGUUGCUUACAUAAUUUUGUGAAUGAGUUCAGUGGCACGUUUGAAGAAUUACAAUCAGGUUAUUGAGUUAAGUGUUCGGUGUACUUGAAAAUGACAAUUCAACUGUUCCUGGUGAACUUAUCAGUGAAAAUUAUAUUGCUCUGCUGGGCUGUUUCUGUGAUAAAUUGAACAUACUGGUUCCUGAUAUCUCCAGAACACGUGACCUUUUUCAAAAAACUGUGUCAUUGCGGAAAACAAACGCAAAUUUCACAUCAUUCACGCUGGGUUUUUUCUCGUUUUCUCAUCAAUUGAAGAAAUUCUUUAUGUGUAGGAAUUCCAAAAGAAUUGAGUUCUUCCGAAACAGGAGACUGUCACUCACUUUCAUCUUCACAGCAAUAUUAUUGGAUACUUUUGUUUACCCGGUACCACUGUUCACUCACCACAUGACGAAUUACCAGGAAAAUUGUACAGUUCUUUAGAAACCGGCGAUACUUAAACACCAUUUAAAUAACACCAUGGUAGCUGAAUUAAUUAAAGACACGUUCUGAAAAAUCCCAAUAUACUCUGUCAGUUACAUAUUCAAGUCGAUAUUGUGGUGUUCAAGCUCGGAAACAUGAAAUUGUUACAAUGGAUCGUUUUGAAGGAGAAAGCGUUUUUGAGAAUGAUGUCCAAGAAGCAGUGGUUUGUGCUGCUUUGCCUAUUUAUUAUUUAUUUAUUAUUGGGAGCGUCCAUAUUUUUUUACGUAGAAUCUCAGGAGGAAAUCAAAAGAACUACCGAAGACUACCAUGAAAGACAAAUAAUUGAAG